AUGGCGAUGCUUCAAGCGAAUCUUGGCUUCGUUAAAUCUCCGACAUUUCCGUUUACUUCGAAUUCUUCGUGUCCGAGGCUUGCACUCAAAUCGACCUCAGUAUCUCUGGGCUUUAGUUACCGUUCUCAAGUUCAAAAACUGGAUUUUUCGAAAAGGGUUAAUAGAAGCUACACAAAGGACGCUCUUUCAUUCUCAAUCAAGUGUUCUUCCUCAGCUGAAUUUGAUAAUAGCAAUACCAUUGUGAAGGAGAGAAGUGUCUCAGUGAUUCUCUUAGCUGGAGGUCAAGGGAAGAGAAUGAAAAUGAGCAUGCCAAAACAGUAUAUACCACUCCUUGGUCAGCCAAUUGCUUUGUAUAGCUUCUUCACGUUUUCUCGCAUGCCUGAAGUGAAGGAAAUUAUAGUUGUUUGCGAUCCAUUCUUCCGAGAUAUAUUUGAAGAAUACGAAGAUUCAAUUGAUGUUGAUCUUAAAUUCGCUCUUCCUGGUAAAGAAAGACAAGAUUCUGUUCACAGUGGACUUCAGGAAAUAGAUGUGAACUCUGAGCUUGUUUGCAUCCAUGACUCUGCCAGACCAUUGGUGGACACUGAAGAUGUCGAGAAGGUACUUAAAGAUGGUUGCGCCGUUGGAGCAGCCGUACUUGGUGUCCCAGCAAAAGCUACAAUCAAAGAGGUCAAUUCUGAUUCGCUCGUGGUGAAAACUCUCGACAGAAAAACUCUUUGGGAAAUGCAGACACCACAGGUGAUCAAACCGGAGCUGUUGAGGAGAGGUUUUGAGCUUGUGAAAAGAGAAGGUCUAGAGGUAACAGAUGAUGUUUCGAUUGUUGAACACCUCAAGCAUCCUGUUUAUGUCACUCAAGGAUCUUAUACAAACAUCAAGGUUACAACACCUGAUGAUUUAUUGCUUGCCGAGAGAAUCUUGAGCAUGAAUUCAUGA